AAACACGUCACACUGAAGAAUUUUUCUUUGCAAUACGGUCAAUAUUGUGAUAUAGGGUAAUGAAAUUAAAUUUUUGGAGUAAGUCAGGACGGGACGAAGGGAGGUGGGGUAAGGAUCGUCGCCGUGGAUGGAGGGUAUUUUUGAGAAAGUUUUUUUUUCCACAACUGGUCGACUUGGCGUCAAACACGAGCACUGUUGUUCCAGAUACGGUGCCGCUCCCAGGUGAAUACAAUGUCAUGUGGAUGCGAAGGGCUCCGAAGUUGUUUUGUGUCAUUCCUCGGAAAUUAGACCAGGAUAAUUCACUUAUUUUGGAGGAUGUCGCCCCUGUGGAAGAUACUCGUACGGGCAGCUGCCAGAAGUCCGCCAGUGAGGGUGAUCAGACCCUUCGCCGUCAUUCGUCACUUUUGGAUCUAGUGCAGUCCUGGGAUAUCUCCCGGCCAACACAAAAUUUCGGUUGUCCCAGCAUGGAGUUCGUUUACUCCCUGCAGGAGUGUCUCAGGUAUGUGGCGGACAAGAAUCUCAUAUGAAUACAGAUGGACAGAAGACUGACACAGAACAGAGUUGCCAAGCCCAAGCCAAUGGUCAGCUGCACAGCUGAGUAUAGAAGAGGGGAGACUGAUAGAGUGCUUAAUAUAUCUUCAGCACAACACGAGGUCAACGAUCAGGUCAGGUACUGAUGGCAUCUGUUUUUCGACUGAUCCUGGAGAAAGCAUGUAUAGAAGGAGAAAGCAGCUUUGACGCUAUUAACAGUAAAUACGUGCACAACAUCUGCAGUGACUCUGAAGAUAGAUGGUGGACCUAGCUGUUCAACGGUAGAGCCUAAAGACAUUUUUACCAAUAUAACUCCCAUACACGACAAAUUGUGGACCUAACUGAGAUUUGAAAUCUACUGGAAUCAAGCUAUUCAAUCUGAGAAUAGUUAGAUGCCUACCAUAUAGCGUAUUAAAACACUGAACGCUGUCUCAUAAUAAACAAUCUUUGUGGUUCAGAUGCACGAAAACCUUCAGUUAAUAUGGACUAUAAAGAAACAAGUCAAAGUGGAGACAACUUUAAACAAUGGACACAUUAAACACAAUGAUGAAGAAUCUGGAUUUAGCUUGAUGAUAAAAUGUCUAUGCGGUGCGAUCGGUCGCAGGAUGGAUUACCCUUAUGGACUCAUUGGGCUUUUUCUGGGUACACCUGGUGCAUCAAUAAUGCAUUAAUAAAGUGUGCAGUGUGUGUUGUCCUAUCCUGAACUGUAUAGAUUUCUGGAAAAAGGCAGUUCAAGCUUCUCAAAGAAAUUAUCAGACUUCAUCUGAACUGAACUGAACGCCAAUGAACAGAAUUGAACGGGCGUGGGAUGGACGUACCGGAUCCUCUUUUGGAUGUAGGCAAGCUAAUACAGUAAUAGAAAGAAAGAACUGAACUUCAAAAGUGUUCAUUUAUACCGGUAUUUAGUUCAGCACGAGGUUUACGAGUUUACAUCCAAUGAAAUGGUUCCUAAAGAGAUUAAAAUUAUCAGACCUCAACUGAACUGAAAACCAGUGAACAGAACUGAACUGAACUGAACGUGUGCUUCAACAGUGUUCCUCCAUAUUUAGUGUAGCACAGGAAGUGCAAGACUAUCUUCUAGUGGAAACAUUUUCUGUGCUGGCUGCUAGUAGUGAAGCCACUAUAGGAUGUAUACAUUAUAAGAAAACAUUAAAUGUUCUUACAAAUGUGUUGUCAGAAACCUCUGUUCUUUGUGCCAUGGUGCUGGGUUGCCUUUUAUGGAAAAAAAACUAUGUUACAGAACAAAGUAGAAUGGAAUUCAUGAACGCGUGUGAAAUCAAAUCAACGGGUGCUCGCAUAGGACGCAUAUGUAUGUUUGGAUAAAAAGUAGUUGAAAAUGCAAGAGGGGUUUAUCCAGUAGAAACAUUUUAAAUACUAGAUGUUGAUCCGACAUAUAAUAAUAAUAUUAGUAGUAGUAGUAGUAGUUGUAGUAGUAGUGUUGGUAGUAGUAGUGCUAGUAGUGGUAGUGUAGUAAUAAUUAUUGUUGUUUAAUACUUGUGUUGUUUAUUAUGAUGGUAAUGGUGGUUAUAUAAUAAUAAUAAUAAUAAUAGUAAUAAUAAUAAUAAUAAUAAUAAUAAUUUUGUUUUAUUUUAAAUUUGCAGCUAGUAUUUAGUCCUUUCUGGAAGAAUUUGCUACAGUAAACUUCAUAUCCUUAUAAGCUGAUAUAAACUCAAGCAUUUACACGUGCAGUCAUAUUACUGCAGUCAUAUUUGACAUUGCCUUGAUAAAUCUGCUUUGUAGUUUUGACCUUUGUUUAAUAAAUGCCUUUUACAUUCGCA